AUGUCGAAACGAAACAAGAAAGAUGAAGACUCGAGUAGCCAUGCACACGCCGUGAAAGCCUUGCGCGAGCUCCACAAGAACAAGCAGAUCGAAAGCCGCGUCGCAGGGAAACAAAUCGUCUACCACGCCUUACAAUUAGCACCAAACAGUACGCCAGAAACCAUCGCAGCAGAAGAAUCAACAGCGACGCAACUCCAAGAGCAAAUCGACAAACUCAAGGUCAGCGAGCGGAAGACACGCGCGGAGUUGACCGCGUGCUGUGCAAAGCCCUUGCUUUCGGAGCUGCGCUAUGAUAUUGAGAAACUUCGGGAAGAAGUCGCGUCGAUUACGGCGCAGCUUGCUCGUGUUCGGGAGAGUAACCCGCUGAAAGAUGGUUCUUGUGAUGGUGAGAGUAGUGUCGGUCUUGAUUUAGAGUGGAAGCGUUGGAAGGACUGUGUUGCUGUCCGGAGGAGGAUAUGUCGGGCUCUGUGGGAUAGCUGCACUGAGGUGUUGCCGGGGGAUAUGAGUCGGGGGGAACUUUGGGAUUCCUUGGGGAUGGAAGGGUCCCCGUUCGAAUGA